AUGAUCAUGAAGACCUUUGUGCUGAUCCUGGUUCUACUGUGUGUCUUCAUCCACACAGCUGAAGGACUUCAAUGCAGACGUUGCUAUGGUUACUCGUCAUGUGAUCAAACACCACAGAUAUGUUCAGGAAGUCAAACGUUCUGCUUCUCACGUGCCACCACAGAUUACAUUGGUUAUGAGAGGUACACAUAUCAUUAUGUGGAGAAGGGAUGUGCGUCACAUGACAUGUGCACGUCGACCGGCAGUCACGUGGUGUCACAUGACAUUGGUUAUCGGGCUCAUGUCACCAACACCACCUGCUGCGACACCGACAACUGCAACGAUGCUGUCGCUGACUAUUCGAUGCCGUCGCCCCCUGCUGGACCUCUGCAGUGCUACGGCUGUGACCCCUCCAGGCACGAGUGCAUUGCCAACGUGACCUGCCGUGACCACGAGUCCUGCUUCCAAUCAUUCCCAAGCCCUUACAGCAGCCAUUGGUUAUAUUAUGGCUGCAUCUCGGAGAACGUGUGCAGCAACAGCAGUCUCUCUACACUCGUCGGCCAUGUGUCCUGCUGCAACACUUCCCACUGCAACGUCCCAGAGCUGGGGAUUCAGUGCCAGACAUGUGUGAAUUACGACUGCUCUUCUCAGCGUUCGGUCUUCUGCUCCAACGACGUAACAAUGUGUCACAGCCAGUACCGCUCAGAUACCUAUCCUGAUGGGACUUAUACACAUUUAGAGAAGGGUUGUGCUUCCUCUGAGAAGUGCCCAUCUACAGGAAGUCACUUGAGUUCACAUAACAUUGGUUCUGGGUCGAGUCUCAUCUACACCUCCUGCUGCGACACAGACAACUGCAACAAUAAUGACACUGCGUGUGUUCACCCUGUCCUCUCUCUCACAGAGCUGGGGAUUCAGUGCCAGACAUGUGUGAAUUACGACUGCUCUUCUCAGCGUUCGGUCUUCUGCUCCAACGACGUAACAAUGUGUCACAGCCAGUACCGCUCAGAUACCUAUCCUGAUGGGACUUAUACACAUUUAGAGAAGGGUUGUGCUUCCUCUGAGAAGUGCCCAUCUACAGGAAGUCACUUGAGUUCACAUAACAUUGGUUCUGGGUCGAGUCUCACCUACACCUCCUGCUGCGACACAGACAACUGCAACAAUAAUGACACUGACGAGCUGGGGAUUCAGUGCCAGACAUGUGUGAAUUACGACUGCUCUUCUCAGCGUUCGGUCUUCUGCUCCAACGACGUAACAAUGUGUCACAGCCAGUACCGCUCAGAUACCUAUCCUGAUGGGACUUAUACACAUUUAGAGAAGGGUUGUGCUUCCUCUGAGAAGUGCCCAUCUACAGGAAGUCACUUGAGUUCACAUAACAUUGGUUCUGGGUCGAGUCUCACCUACACCUCCUGCUGCGACACAGACAACUGCAACAAUAAUGACACUGACGUGCCCCCUCUUGGCUCUCUGCAGUGCUACGGCUGUGACAUUCAUGAGGAUCACUGCACUGCCAACGUGACCUGCCGUGAACAUGAGACCUGCUUCAAAUCCUCCACACACUACAAUAACGAACUCCACUUUGGCUGCAUCUCGGAGAACGUGUGCAGCAACAGCAGUCUCUCUACAACACUGUACGGACUCAACAAUGUGUCCUGCUGCGACACGCCCCACUGCAACGUCCCAGGUCUGUUCUUUGUUCUCUGUAACCUGUCUACUUCUCUUAAUGCAGGGGUCCCUGGUUUAGUUUAA